GUUUUAGGGGAAAUACGACUAAUAUUGUUGUUAAUUGUAUAAAAAGUACACAACAAAUUAGAUUUUGAUCUGAUUAAAUAUUAUUAAUUUCGUUUCAAUAAUUGCUCUUUAUUUUCUUCAUUGUUUUCUUUUUGUCGUUUAAAAUGGGAAAUAGUGAUAAUGCCUCUACGGCUGCUACCAAACAGUUAGUCUGUAAGGCUUGCAAUGAAAGUAUUAUAUCUAAAUCUACUUUAGCACAGACUUGUUGCGGUCAUACUUUUCAUAGAAAUUGUUUAGGUUUGAGUUUGAAAACCCGCCCAUUUUGCCCAGUUUGUAAUACCAGAAUAGUUAAUGAUCCUCCUGUUACUCCUAUUGCAACUCGUUCAAGGACAAUGGCAUCUACUUCUGCUCAAAGCGGGGGACAACAGCCUAUGGAUUCUACUAUACCAGAGGAAAAUACAGGAACUGAUUCGUCUACUUUGAAUUCUUCGGUUUUGGAGCAAAUGAUAGUGAAUCAACCUACAGUUUCUGUUAAUGAGUCAUUUAGGGAUAUGAUAGCUUCUAUUGUUUCUGAUCAACAAGCUCAACUUUUAUCUUCAUUGAGCAGUCGAAUUUCUAGCUUAGUUGAAACAGCCAUUGAGACAAGAAUAUCUGGUUUAAACAUUAAUGUUUUACCUAAUUCUCAACAAAGUUCAACAACAUCACAGAGUAAUCCGUUGUCAACGCAAACUAACAAUCGUUCACCUCCUCAAAUGCAUACUUUACCGGCUGUUGAACAGCAAACUUUUAGAAAUCUAUUAGGUAUUGGUAUUGAAUCUAAUGCUUCUAAUACUUCGUUUCAACCUCGCCCUGAAACUGGUUCUUCAUCAGGUCGACCUAACCCUGUAUUAUCUGGAGUAUCUACUCUAACUAACCUUGAUCUACGUCCAGAUAAGGUAUUGCAAAUAAUAUCUAAUUGGAAGAUAAAAUUUUCUGGCGGAAUAAAUGGUCUUUCAGUAAAGCUAGUGUAUGGUUCUGGCGCUAUCACAUGAAAGUACCUUCCAUAAAAUGGCCAAAUUUGUGUCUAGCAUUGAGGAAGGAAUAUAGAGAUUCUCGGACAGAUGUCGAUUAUCGAGAAAUGAUUCAUGAUCGAAAACAAAGGCCCAAUGAAACAUUUGAUAGCUUUUAUGAA